UCUCCGCCCCCAGUGCCAUGGAGACCAGCCUGGAAGCUUAAGGGAGCUGCUGUGGCCCAGGGCGCAGUGGGAAGAGAAGGCCAGGAGUCUUGGACUAGCUAGCGGCAGGGUUUGAGCUAGGCUGAUGCAGCAGAACCACGGAGGUGGCUGAGCAGGGGCCUGGCCCUGGGACCACCCACCCAUCCACACUCACACAUCCACUUCUCCCUCUAGAGCCCCGCGCUGGAGCAGGUCUCAGCUCCAGGUUUUUCCUUAGUUGGGGAAUCGGGAUUUGGGGGAUCAAACCCCCCCACAUCGCUCUCCCCCACUGCAGCUAUGUUUAUCAAGGUGAUGUUUGGGGCCCGCAGCUUCGUGCUGGUGAACACCUCCUGCAGGCUGGUGAACCUCACAGCCCACCUGAGGCAGAAAGCAGGAUUGCUCCCAGAUGUGACCCUUGCUCUCCUGGCUGAGGAUGGCAACCUCGUGAGCCUGGAGGAGGACCCGAAGGAAGCGGCUUCAGGCGCCCCCACCAUGGGCAGCUCCCUGCUGAAGGAGCGAGCCACCUAUGUCCUGGUUCGGAUCAUCAGUAAGAGGGAGAGGGCAUGGCCCCCACCCGCUAUGAGUCCCUACUGGAGAACCUGGAUGACCACUACCCAGAGCUGGCAGAGGAACUGCGCAGGCUGGCAGGCCUCUCCUCUGCGGGCCAUGACCGGAGGAAGCGCAUGGGCACUCGGCGUGGCCACCAUGAGCAAAGCCCUGCUUCAAGAUCCAGAAAGAGUCAGGUGCACUUGGGAUUACCUGCUAAUGGCUCUCCACACCACUCUGGACUGUCCAGGGCAUCUGUCCUGUGCUACCCACGGUGCAGAUGGCAACAGGGCUCCCCCUCCCCAUCCAGGGCCCUGAGUAAGGUGACGGAUUGCACACUUAGUGAUAUCUCCAUCCUGACCCCACCUCAUCAGCCAGGGAGCUCCCUGAAGACCAGCCAUUGAGAGAGGCACACGACAAGAUGUGGUCUAAAAUAAAUUCUUUUACUUGCA